AUGGAGACUGCUCACGGCGAUGCAUGGGAGUGCAGGCACCCUUCUCACGCCCCGAUCGUCUUUGACCAAGAGAUCCAGCACCAGGAGCAUUCCAUCAAGGAGCACGGCGUGCCCGAAGCCCGCGCCGAGACCUAUAGCGACCUCGCUUGGAGGCCCAUUGCCCAUAAAGUGCUGGAAUGUCCAUUUGGCGACGGUUUUCAACACUCGGAAAAGGCUGACUUCAACGCUGUCUUCUCGAGUGACGCUCUCGAGUCACACGUCGCCGGUCAUAUGAAGGAAAUUGCUCUGCUUACAUUGCAAAAACUUCCCAGCGAUGAUGACGAGAAUGCGGAGAAGGUCGAUAGCGACCAACCGUUAGAAGAUGAUGGGCUGGCCGGGGCCAAUCAAAUCACACGUGCAUCCAUGUACAGCGUACUGGACAACAUGGAUCUGGAUUUCCAAAACGAUGACGCUGAGGCUGCAGAUGGCAAUGUGGGACACCGCGAAGAGGACAUCAGUGCACGAGCGACAGUGCUCGACCCAGAGGACCAAGACGACUUGGGGAAGACGAAGCUUCACCACGCGGUGCAGGCCGGCGAUCUGGGCUUGGUUGAGUCCUUGAUCCAGAGCGGUGCACAUGUCAAUUCCAGCGACCAAAAUGGCCAAACGCCUCUUCAUUACGCUGCGGAGAGGGGCUUCAUCGAGGGCAUAGAAGUCUUGGUCAUGCACGGUGCGGAUUUACGUAUCGUUGACAAGUCUGGAUUUUCCCCGUUUCUCUGGGCUGUGGUUUCCGGGCAAGAAGGCGCCAUUACGAGACUGUUGUCCAUGGACGCUGACGCUGGUGCCAAUUCAUCCAGCGCGGAUGGAAAGUCUGCGCUUGCUUGGGCAGCCAGUCUGGGAUGGGAUUCGACGGCCAAAAUGCUGGUUGAACACCGUGCCAGCGUAUCUGAUGUCGAAGAUACGCAGCAGGCUCUGCCUUUGGAAGAAGCAGCAGCUUCUGGCAACCUUGCCAUUGUUCGAUUGCUCCUCGAAUGUGGUGUCGAUCCGAACCAUCGGGAUCGCGAUGGUUGGUCCGCCAUCCACUGGGCAGCAGAGGAGGGCCAUUUGGAGAUUGUGCGUUUGUUGCUGGAGGCUGGGGCCAACCCCAAUGCUGUCGGCGCCUACGGGACGUCACCAUUGCACUGCGCUGCAAAUGGAGGGCAUGUUUCCAUUGCGAACUUGCUCCUCCUCGAGGGAGCCGACCCACUCCAAUCAACAUGCCACGGCUGGACUGCACUACACCACGCCGCCUUCAUGGGCUACUCCCAUGUCAUCCAGGACCUCUUGAAAGACGACCGCAUCCGAUCCACUGCCUCUCAGCAGCAGGACAACCACGGCUGGUCCGUUCUUCAUUUGGCCAUCCUCAGUCGAGAUCUAGCCACCGUCCGGAUCCUGGCCGACGAAACCGUCAUUGCAGAGCCUCUGAUCUUGAUCGACGAAAGCCGUCUCACUGCAGAAGAAUGGCUCGAUCGCGCGCCGGCAAGCCAUUUCCAGAAAGCCACCGGCAACUUGGCCUUCAGCAAGUCGCGCUGUUGCCGCCCCUUCACAAGCUACCGCCAAGCUGUCACCUCAGCCAACGUCCCAGGACCCAUGAUUCAAGUUCUGUUCAACUUGGGUCACGACAUCAAUGGCAUGGACUCGGGAAGGAGGACUGCGCUCUACUACGCCGCCAAGAACCGCAUGCUUUCUACCAUGGAUCUUCUUCUUGACCUGGGUGCCGAUCCCAACAUCCUCCCCGUUGGGCGCAAGAACUGGGAAGAAUUUAUUUCGGCUGAUGACGUCUUACUACGGCUCAACCGAGCAGGAUACCGGAAGCGAGAUACUACUAUCGACCAUGAGCUGGAGCGCCAGAUUCGUCACGCACUGAGAUGGCAUGGUCGGCCGCCGUCCGUGCUGGAUGAGCUCGUACGAGAAUUAGAGGCAAAUGACAAGAAGCGCAAGGCAUUGUGA